AUGUCGAACGUUCUCGAGCCAAAGACAGAUAGAGAUUAUAUCGCGAUCUCUGAUCAUGGAUUGAUUGGGAACCUAAGAACAGCUGCAAUGGUUAGCCUCGAUGGAUCAAUUGAGAGUUACUGCGUCCCAAAUUUCGACUCUCCAUCCAUCUUUGCUCGUAUCCUUGACAAGAACAAGGGAGGCCAUUUCUCCAUCACACCUAUUGUACCCUUUACGACGAAACAGAACUAUCUUCCGAGUUCAAAUGUCCUCCAAACGAAAUUUCUAAACGAGAAAGGAGUCGUCAGCGUGACUGAUUUCCUCCCCCGUCCCCUGUCGGGAACAAAUGAACCGUUGCUUCCAUGGUUAAUCCGACGCGUUGAAGUGAUUCGUGGCGAAAUUCCUCUGCGAAUGGAAUGUGCACCCGCGUUCAAUUACGCUCGCGACAAGCAUGAAUUGAACAUUGAAGAAGAUACUUCUGCACCGAACCAUCACCCUCGACAAAGAGCGACAUUCCAUUCUAGGGAUCUCGCCUUAGACCUUAGAUACGUAGUAGAAAGUACAGUGGACAAUGUAGCGGCACCGGUAGUUGAUCUCUCCCCGUUAGAUUUGUCCGCCAAAGGACAUCUUGGACUUGCUGUAACCUGUGACCUAAACCUCACCGAGGGGCAAUGCAUUGCUUUUGUUCUUCGGACCCCUCCUUCAACUACCGGCAAUUCCUACGGACCCGACGCUGUAGUUGGUCAACACGCUGGGGCGGGAAUCGUCUCCAGUCAGGUGGAGGUUACUACUCUUGGAAUCAAGACUCGAGCUGUUGAAGAUCCUCUAUUGACCGCACCCCAGGAUCUUGUGCGCAGUCUCUUAAAUACCACCGUCAAAUAUUGGCAAGCAUGGAUCCGACGUUCCACGUACCAAGGCUCGUGGAAAGAAUCCGUGCAUCGCAGUGCUCUUGCAUUGAAACUUCUCAUAUUUGAGCCAACCGGUGCCGUUGUCGCGAGCCCAACUUUCAGUUUACCAGAGUACAUUGGAGGAACAAGGAAUUGGGACUAUCGCGCAUCUUGGAUCCGGGAUUCGUCCUUCACUCUGUAUGCCCUACUCCGUCUUGGAUACACUCACGAAGCGAACUCGUACAUGGAUUUCAUAUUCGAGCGCUUGCGGAAUAAGAACCCUGACGGAAGUUUGCAGAUCAUGUACACCAUACACGGUGGAAAGGAGCUAGAGGAGAUCGAGUUAACACACCUUGACGGUCACAAGGGAUCCAAACCUGUUCGAAUUGGGAACGGCGCAGCAGACCAUAUUCAACUGGACAUUUACGGAGAGCUUAUGGAUUGUAUAUAUCUGGGCCAAAAGUUUGGGAAGCCACUGGUACGCACCGUCCCUCUGCAGCGCUUCUUCGUGGUUGAACAUUAUCAAGACCCAGACUUAUCUAUCUGGGAGGUUCGAAAUAAGAAAAGGCACUUCACGUAUUCCAAGAUUAUGCUUUGGUACGUUCACAACCCUCGUCCCCAUGCCCUGAGUGUUAACAGCUAUCAUCCAAGGGUCGCAAUCGACAGAGGCCUUCGCCUUGCGGACAAACGCUCCUUGCCCUGCCCCAAUCGUAGUCGAUGGCUUACCGCAAGAGAUACCAUAUACGAAGAUAUCAUGCACAAAGCAUGGAACAACGAAGGGAAGUAUUUCGGACAGAGUUACGAAGAUAAAGACGUCCUAGACUCCGCUGUGUUAAUCAUGCCUCUCGUAUUCUUCAUGCAAGCGUCGGACCCCCGAUUCGUCAACACACUCAAGCAGAUACUGAAGACGCCUGAACGAGGAGGCUUGACUUCAAACAAUUUGGUCUACCGCUACGACGUAUCGAAGUCAGAUGACGGUGUUGGGGGCGAAGAAGGAACCUUCUGUUUAUGCACCCUUUGGUAA